AGGUUCAUUUGACUUUUUUACACGGCGGCUGCUCAUCGAUAUUUCAGCAUAAAUUUUCGCGGGAAACUACAAAACGCAUCAUUGGUAUCUCCAAAGAUUCUGUAUCGUGUGUCACUUCCUGACUGUUACGGUACUGCCCUGAGUUUCUUCACUUUGAUCAACUGAGGAGACGUUCUUGACAGAGGGCUUUGCGGAGACGAGAAAUGGAGGUGUCAACACUUUUGCUUACAAUCUUGAUACCUCUGCUAGCAUGCAGUGUGUAUUACUGCCGUCAUCUGAAGCAGCAACUUGCUACCUCUAGGACUAAGGCUGAAGAGUCUAGUUAUCUCCCCAAAGAAGAAAGAACGUUGGCUAACGGUUCACAGGAUUGGGCCACAUAUCUUGAAGAGUGGGGCAGCAGUGCCAGGUGCCAAGGGUCAACCAACGUCGACAGGCGUUGCAUUUUCCACAACCUUUGCUACUACACCAAAUACAACGACUUUGUCUUCCUGCAUGCACCACACUCCAUCAGUGAAGGAAUCCCAGACGAUCGCCAGCAACCAGCCCUUGUAGACUUGUCUUCUGUACCGGAUCACAACACCCAGUAUUUUGGUUAUGUGGAUGUUCCAAGUACUGUUGUGCAGUCAAUAAAGAAUGUGUCUUAUCAGGAAGGAAAGUACUUGCUUUUUAAUCGCUUCAACAUGGGCAACCUCAUGCAUGUGUUUCACGAUGAUCUCCUACCCGUGUUUUACACGCAGCUUCAGCUUGGUCUUCUCAAUCUUCGAUCCGGUGUCAAUGACGCGACGCUACUCACAAGCGAUAGUCAGGAAGAGGGACCCUAUUUUCAACUCUAUGAGCACAUCUCAAAGAAGACACCCAUUCUUACACAUCAGUUAUCUCAAGAUGAUUCAUCAAGAUUGGCCUGCUUUGAGGAAGUUCAUGUAGGACUCAGCAAGUUUACCACCUGGUAUCAGUAUGGCUUUGAUAUACCGCAAGGUCCUCUGGACGACAUUGCUGUUACCUCUACAGAAAUUGAAUUGUUUACAUCCUUCUACAAAUCCAAACUAAACAUUGAUGGAUGUUCCAAUGCAGAAAUUGAGAAUUCAAAUACAUUUGUGAUCCUGUUGAGGAGAACAAAUCGGCUUAUUCUGAAUGAAGUGGAAUUAAGUUUGGCCCUAGCGCAGCAUUUUGAUGCCUUGGUGGUUGUAGCAAGUUUAGAGAUGUAUUCCCUAUCAGAGCUCAUAGGAUUGAUCUCUUGCUCAAAGGGUCUAGUGGCUGUUCACGGAUCCCUGCUCUCGCUUUCCAUCUUCCUGCCUCCCUGUUCCGUCCUAGUCGAGAUCUUCCCUUACGCUGUGAAUCCAGACAACUACACGCCUUACAGGACGCUGGCUCAUCUGAAGGGAAUGAACAUCGUCUACAGAGCAUGGAGAAACUUUGAUGAGAUCAACACGGUCACAUACCCUGACGCCGAGCCCGAAAUUGGGGGCAUCGCCCACCUCGAGCCAGAGCUCCAGGAGCAAAUCCUAUCAAGUGCAGAGGUUCCUUCUCACCUAUGCUGCAAUGAUCCAGCAUGGUUGUUUAGAAUCUAUCAGGACACCAUAGUCGAUGUUGACAGUUUCGUAGAAGUGGUCAGAGAUGCUCUUCUUGAAUCUCAAGAUGGAGCCAUAGAAAAUGAGAUUGGUAGAGUGCCCUACCAACCAGGAGCUGUCCAAGAGGUGUCCUGCUUCACCAUACCUCUUCCAUCUGGGGUUGUAACAAGUGAGGAUGAUGAUGGUGAUGAUGAUGCAGUAGGCCUCUUGUUGUCGUGGAGUCCACCUUGGAACAUCCCUUUCAUCCAAAACACCAUCAAAGCAGAUAACUCCAUCACUUUGGACUACGAGGUGACGAUCCAAGAGCAGGGGAAGGGGAAGUGUACGCAGGGGCGUUCGUCUUGCCAAUGACCUCGCAUCUAUUCAAAGAAGGUUUUAAGAAGGGUCAUGUUUACUUUGCAUGGGUCAGAUGUAAAGCGGGAGGUAAGACUGGACCGUAUGCAGCGAUCACCUCCUGUCCAUAUAAGGAAGACUAAAAAAUAUGCUUUCAGAAUGGUCUCCUGGUUAAAAACCCUUUAGGAAGUAAAAAAAUGAAUUUGAUAAAUAAUACAUCAAUGGAAAGCUUAUAAGCCAUAAAUUAAAAUAAUAAUACC